AUGAUGAGCUUUCCUAUCACCAAGCGAAAGCGCGCGACGCGUGCCAAGUUCGCCAAAGUACGGACUGGAUGUGUCACUUGGUUUUGUGGUGGCUACGAGCCUAUCCUCAACCAACCCAAGUCGCCCGCCAAGCAGGCUUUUGUGACACCGCGAAGUCCCGAAAAUGACGGCACAUCAUCCCCUGAAGAGCUAGAUCUCAGUCUGUAUGAUUGCGGCUAUCAACUUCAACUCCCUGAGAAUCUCUCCCCUCCAGAAUCAAUCGAUUCCCAAGCCAGCUCUCACGGAUAUACGAGCUACCAACCACAGCCUACAGGACACUAUUUCACCGUCCCAGACACCCGUUCAACGUUCGACGACACAUUCUGGACCUUCGAACUUCCCCGUCUCGCUCAUGAUAACCCCGCAAUUCGCUAUGCCAACAUGGCAGUUCAUGCUCUCCUUUUUGCCAGGGGCCAUACUCUGGCACGGGCCGGAAAAGUCACCGAAAGGGACCACUACGGAGAGGCCUUAUCUUGCCAUGGGAUUGCACUGCAAGAAGCCAGGCAGGCGACGACGGGGUACAUAGACCUCCGUGAAGCAGUCAUAUGCUGCAUGUUCUUUGUCAUCUUCGAGACAAUAAAUGGGGACCAGGAGGCCGCACAAGCGCAUCUGCAAAGCGGCCAAAGGAUUUUAGAGGAAAUUGACCCUGAAUACAACGGCGCCGAAAGGUUUCGCGAGGAGCUUCGAAACGUUUUACAAUUCCUCGCCCAGCAAGCUCGGGAGUCUGGGCUCGAUGAAGCUAAUCAGCGCGGAGGCGACGAGGGCGGCAGCAUAUUGGAUACACUCAUGGUAUGA